AUGGAUGCACCAAAAGGUCUAUCUUCUAUUCACUGUGAAUUGAAGAUCAUGAAUGCUAAAAACAUCCAAGCUACCAACUCAAAUGGCAACAUAUUUGUUAGAUGCUAUCUUUCUGUUGGAAACGACAAAAGGGUUCGUUUGGAAAGCCAACGAGUGUCUCCAAAUGGAGACUUCUCUUGUGACGAAUCCUUCUCCUUGGAUUGUACAGGGACAAAUCAGACCAUGGACAUGAUCAUCCAUGGCACCAUUGCCUUAGAGCUUCGUUGGAGGAGUAAUGCAGUCGCCUUGUUUGGAGGGUCACGACUCCUGGGAAGAUCGGAGGUGACAUGGAGAAGUGUUUUUGAGUGA